AGGGUAGUGGGAUUUUGGCCUUGAGCAAUGGGAGUAGGGCUGGAGGCCGUGCGCCGGCUGAGCGAUGUCCUCGCUCGGCAGAAGGCGGGCAUGGAGGAUCGCCUGGAUUUGCUGAUCGAUCAGAAGCGUGGCCUCCAUGGCAUUGUCGCUGCUUCGCGAUAUCUGGCCGCCAGAACCAGCGUCACUGGCAGCGAUAAGCAGCGGGAUCUACUGCUCUACGUCGCGGGAUUCAUCGAUCAGCUCCCGGCCAUGGCAAUGCAGGCGAUUGGGAGCUCCGAGGCUGAUUUCUUCGCGGAGUUGGCGAGAUAUCUGGUGAGCAUUGUGGAGAAGUGGCCGGUUGCUUGCUCCACCCUCAGCAAAUCUUUAGCGAUCGUGCUGGAAGGCUUCGAUCCUUCGCAGGGGGCGACCUCUCCGUGCAGGGCCUUCCUCUGCGCAGUGUCGAUGAAUUGCUUCCGAGUGGACGAAGCUGCCGUGGAUCAGAUUGGUGAUUGCCUGUUGCGAAAGUGGAUCAUUUCCAGUGACGAAGAUAGUUCCUCUCCUCGGGGGAACGAGUCCAUUGACGAUUUGGAGAGGUAUAAGAUCGGGCUAAGGUUAUUUAUAAACAUCAUGGGGAAGUCCAAGGACGCUCAGGUUUUAAAGCUCCGGUCAGCAUCAGUUAGGCAGCUCAAGACAUUGAUUCCACUGCUCAAGAUCCGAAAGCGAGAGUUAAAUGGUGGCGAAGUUCCUUUGAAACAGACAAUAUGCUUGAAGAUGGAGGUGGCUCAAGUGGCAGCAAUCUUGCAAACCAAGUCGCUGUUAAGUUCUCGGAAUUCCUCGGACGGGCUUGUGUGGGAGACCGUCACAUUGCUUAUGGAUGUGGCCGAUUCGUGCGUUACGUCUCCCUGGCGGAGGAUCCAGGCUUGUGAGGUGCUGUUCGAGAGCCUUUUAUCCAGCGUCGCCGAGAUUGUUAGUGCUCAUGGGAACCGAACAAUUUUACAUCGUUUGAGGCUUUUGAUCUUGUGCACUUGCGCUUACGCUGAUACAUGGGGAACAAAUCAAGGAGCUCUGUUCAAGAGCGUUGUCAGGUCAACCUGUUCUAUCAUUCAAGCGGGAUGGAACGAGGACAGGUCUGCAGUCGAGUCUUUUCUUUUGUCGUUGGCUGCACAUGUUCGACAACAUUCUGAACAGGAAGACAAAGAAAAGCCUACAGUAGCUGUUAUGCAGCUGAACGUGAUUCCUCUUCUUGCUGAAAUUGCAGCGAUGCUCAAUAAAUCAGAGGCGGUGGAUAUGUUGAUGCCGAUGUUCAUAGAGUGUUUAGAAGAGGGAGAGGCUUCAGCGCCAUCCUUGUUACGUCUUCGGCUGCUAGACGCAGUGGCUCGUAUGGCUGGCUUGGGCUUUGAGAAGUCGUACAGAGAAGCCAUAGCCUUACUUACGAAGAGUUAUAAGGACAAGCUUUCAACUGUGGGAUCUACACAUAGCAGGACGUUAGCUCCUGAAGCUACAACUGAACGUGUUGAGACACUCCCUCUUGCGUUUUACGUAAUUGCAGGCGGUCUGAAGGAUCACGUUUUGCGAAAUGACUACCGGCAACGCCUGCUCAUAUUGUGCUCGGAAGUGGGGCUUGUUGCUGAAGCUAAGAGCGGAAGAAGCGGUGCUGAUUUGCUUGGACCUCUGCUUCCCGCUGUAGCAGAAAUAUGCUCCGAUUUUCAACCUUCUCGAGCAGUUGAGCCUUCUCUUCUGAAGCUGUUCCGCAACUUGUGGUUUUAUAUCGUGCUAUUUGGCUUAGCACCUCCAAUUCAAAGAGAACAAUCGUCCUUAAAAUCGUACGCCAUAAGCACAAGUAGUAUGGGCAGCAUGAGUGCGAUGGCGUUACAAGCAGUGGCAGGACCUUAUCUUUGGAAUGCGCAGUGGUCAGCAGCUGUACAACGCUUAACCGAAGCUACACCACCGCUGCUGGUCAGCUCAGUAAAAUGGAUGGAAGAUGAGCUGGAGCUGAAUGCACUUCAUAAUCCCGGUAGCCGGCGAGGUAGUGGCAACGAAAAAGCCGUUACAGCACAAAGAGCGGCUCUAGCGGCCUCGCUGGGCGGUCGUGUGGAGAUCUCUUCAUUGAGCACGAUUUCAGGCGUCAAGGCUACAUAUUUGCUCGCUGUCUCCUUUCUUGAAGUCUUGCGAUUUAGUUGUAAUGGUGGCAUAUUGAGAACUCAAAAUCCGGAGACUCGGAGCUCGUUAAUAUGCACCUUCAUGUACCUUGAGACACCUCAAUUAACUCCUGAUGUUUAUCAGUGUCUUUCUGCAAUGGUUCACCGAGCUUUUGAUGCAGCUAUCACAUGGCUGUGUGACAAAGCUACCGCCAGCGAAGACGAGAAAGAUUCAGUGCUAAUGGCUCAUGCGACAUUUUUAAUUCAACAGCUGACUCAUCGCAACGAGAACAUUAGAGAAAUGGCAGAUAGCUUGUUGAGCCAACUAAGAAAUCGAUUUCCACAAGUUCUUUGGAAUCCUCGUUGUGUGGAUCUGCUACUAAAUUUGCUUGGCGGUAUAUCAUCUUCUGCUCUAGCAUCUGAUCCAGGUGCCAUGGUCGCUUGUCGAAUGCUUGUGCAACAGAGAGUUCGAGAAUGGAUAACUUACUCGCUGCUCCUCGCUCCUGCCACGACGCAGGGGCUGUUAGAGGAACAAUUUCGGAAACUGAAGAAAACUGCACAUACGAGUGAACUUAUCAUAUUAUUUUCUGAUCUACAUCUCGACGUGACAAAAAUGGAUAUGAGUGGACAAGCUGCAAUUAUCCCUGCUGUUACGGCUGCGGCAGCAGCGGCCGCAGGCGCAAAUUCAACAACUGUGGAGGUCCUUUCCACCGGUGUGAUUAGCGCGAACGUGAAGUCAAAUUACGUGGGCGAAAUUGUGGGCAUGAAGAAGCUAUAUGCUGGGAUCAACAUCAACCAACUGCAAGAUACCAAGGCCUUGACAGCGGUCUGGCUAAGCAGCAAAGUGGAUGGGAAAUCUUCUCCGGAAGAGGAAGACGCGUCCCUUUCAGCUUUGCUCUUCUCCAGGUUUCUGUUGUGUCUACAGCAGUUCGUUACUGCGGCUGAACGCGGUGAAAGUGUCGAUGCUGCAGAAUAUCACGAAGCUUGCCUCCGUGCCACGGCCCUUCUGCUCUCAGACAUGGCCUUAUGCAGAAUGACGACAUCUGAGAGCUUCGUGCAACUUUUGCGUCUGUUAUGCUGGUGUCCCGCAUACAUUUUCACUCCCGCUGCUAUGGAAACUGGCAUUUUUGUAUGGUCCUGGCUCCUUUCUGCAGCGCCACAGUUAAGAUGUUCAUUACUUUCGGAGUUAGUUGACGCUUGGCUGUGGACUGUAGACACUAGUCAUGGUUUAUUUGGUGCAGAAAAUUGUGGUCCUGCAGCCAAACUACGACCUCACCUCACACCGGGUGAGCCCGUAACAGUGAAGGAUUCGAUUGAAGGGAUAUUAGCUCAUCGCCUGUGGCUAGGAUUUCUUCUGGACCGUUUUGAGGUUGUCAAGCAUAAUAGCAGAAAGGAGCUGCUUUUAAUUGGGAGAUUACUUCAGGGGUCUGUGAAGAAACCUCGUUUUACGUCCCAUCCUGCGGCAACUGGGACUUUUUUUACACUUAUGCUGCUAGGAUUCAAAUUUUGCGCGUGGCAGCUACAAAACUUGCAGUCUAUCGAAACUGCAGGAAUAUUUCUCCUGGAAGACCGCAUCUACAGAUCUGCUUUGAGCUGGUUUGCCGCUGAACCAGGCUGGUAUGACUGGAAAACCGAGGGUGAUGCUCAAAGUGAAGCACAGGCCGUGUCAACAUUUGUGUAUUAUCUAACGUCGUAUCAGCAUGAGCCAUCAGAAAAUUUAAAAUCUGGGACACAGGAAAAUGGUUAUAUAUCAAAUUUUAGGAAUGUACAGCUUGACGGGAAACAUGGUCAGACGGGGAAGGAGAGAGUAAAGCAGCUGCUGUUGAUGUUAUCUCAACACGAAGCUGAUAGGCUUGAGACGUGGGCGUUCCCUUUAAAGGAUUUUGUCCCCAGGCUCCGCGUCCAUGCAGAUAGGUUACUAGAGUUCGCAAAAACUGCGUGGCUGAUAGAUCCUCGCAUUGCUUUAUCGUUGGUCGCGAGGUUUCCAGCUUUCAACAAUUUGAGAUCGGAAGUGGCUGUCAUGGUGCAGGAACACCUUACUGAACUACGGGAAAUUCCGGAAGCUCUACCAUACUUUGUGACUCCCAAGGCUGUAGAUGAAAAUUCACCUUCUUUGCAACAACUUCCUCACUGGGCUCUGUGCUCGAUAACUCGCGCCUUGGAGUUCUUGACUCCUCCUUACAAGGGCCAUCACAGAGUAAUGGCCUACGUGCUUCGUGUAAUGGAGUCCUAUCCACCUGAACGAGUUACCUUUUUCAUGCCACAACUUGUUCAAGCGCUUCGCUACGAUGAUGGGGGACUUGUCGAAGGGUAUCUUAUGGUUGCUGCUAAGCGAAGCAACCUUUUUGCACAUAUUCUGAUAUGGGAGCUUCAGGGUGAGGAGGUUCCAACUGAAGAAUUAAACAAGGAUGCCAAAGAUUCAUUGGGACCCAAGGGUGUACCACUGUCCGAAAUAGUACCACGAGUUAAACAACGAAUCAUCGACAGUUUUACAGCUGAGACGUACGACAUUUUCAUCCGGGAAUUUAGAUUUUUUGACCAAGUGACCUCGAUCUCGGGGUUCCUGUAUCCCUUACCGAAGGAAGAACGUCGAGGUGCAAUCCGACAGCAAUUAGAAAAGAUUGAAGUGACGGGAGACGAUUUGUACUUGCCAACCGCUCCGAACAAGCUUGUCCGAAGCAUACAAUUGGACAGUGGAAUCCCUUUGCAAUCAGCUGCCAAAGUUCCGAUCAUGAUCACAUUUAAUGUCGUGGAUAAGGAGGGAGAUUCCAAAGAUAUCAUACAACAAGCCUGCAUUUUCAAGGUUGGAGAUGAUUGCCGUCAAGAUGUCCUAGCUCUUCAAGUCAUUGCUCUGCUCAGGGAUAUCUUCCAAGCUGUGGGACUAGACCUCUAUGUUUUUCCUUAUGGUGUUCUACCGACUGGCUAUGGCAGAGGAAUAAUUGAGGUGGUACCAAAUACUCGAAGCCGUAAUCAAAUGGGAGAGAUUAGCGACGGUGGACUGUAUGAGCUUUUCCAGCAGGACUAUGGGCCAGUGGGUUCUGUCCGCUUUGAAGCAGCUCGCGACAAGUUUAUUGUAAGUAGCGCUGGAUACGCAGUUGCCAGCCUUCUGCUACAACCCAAAGACCGGCAUAACGGCAACCUUCUAUUCGACAAUGAAGGCAGACUGGUGCACAUAGAUUUCGGAUUCAUCCUCGAGACAUCGCCAGGGGGAAACCUGCGAUUCGAGAGCGCGCAGUUCAAGCUGAGCCACGAGAUGACCCAGUUGAUCGAUCCAUCCGGCGUCAUGAGAAGCGAGACCUGGAACCGGUUUGUCAGCUUGUGCGUGAAAGGAUACUUGGCAGCGAGGCAGCAUAUGGAUGGCAUUGUUAACACAGUGCUGCUGAUGAUCGACAGCGGAUUGCCGUGCUUUAGCCGAGGAGAUCCCAUUGGCAACUUACGCAGGCGCUUUCAUCCGGAUAUGACCGAACGAGAGGCCGCCAACUUUAUGAUCCGGACGUGCGCAGAUGCGUAUAACAAAUGGUCGACUGCGGGGUAUGAUCUGAUCCAGUACCUCCAGCAAGGAAUCGAAAAGUAGCCGAGCCAGAAGCCCGUGAAUCGAACGAAGAAAAGAAACAAGAUACGUUUUCUUUCUUUUUUUCUGGCUUCUCAUCAUCAACAUCAUCAUAAUCGUGUAUAAACAGAGCUCUUCUCGUGAAUUGAGUCAGAACUUCAAGAACC